CUCAACCAUGUCGAGAAAGAGUAGCGACACGCCAUCAUCCAAGCGCAUUCGCGAAAACCAAAGGCGUUCCCGUAACCGGCGCGCCGAACUCCUAAACGACCUCCAGACACGCGUGCACGAGUUUGAGCGGCAGGGCGUUAUAGCCACACAGGAUAUGCAGCAGGCUGCGCGAAAAGUUGCCCAGGAUAACAUUCGACUUCGCAGUCUGCUUGCGCUCCACGGCGUCUUGCAGGAAGAAGUAGACUCCUAUCUACGAUUGUCAGACGAGGUACAUGUCCCUACCCUCCAGGGCUCAUUGGUAAACCCACAAGAUGGAAUGCCUGAGAGAGAUUUGAAUCGCAGCUUAAGUCCGACACAAUCCUCGCAUCAAGCUCAGAGUCAGUACGUCGGUGAUGGGCCUACGAAUGUUAAUCUACAGUUUGAACCGCACCAACAAAAGCCAUCUACCGCACGGCAUUCGAAAGCAAUAGAAACCGAUACUAGUACACGCGUUCAAACAGAACAGUCAAUACCCAAAGUAGCAGAGCAAUGUUGUGAUCUUCAAGGCCAUAAUGGAUCGAUUGACAGCAAUUACGUAUGCCCUGUCACCGAACCUCCAGGAUGUCCGAACUCUUCCAGCUGCUUCUGCGCUCCUGCGCCAUCAGUUCCAUUUUAUUCCGUUAGCUCUGGACUUGAAAUCUCAUGCGAGACAGCCGCAACAAUCAUCGCCGAAAUGCGAGGGGAUGGAGAUAGGGACUCAAUUCGUGCAUCGCUUGGGUGUGGUGACCGAGGAGAUUGUAACAUCAAAAAUUCCACAGUUUUGCAGGUUAUGGACGAGGGACACGGAUGACGCGGGAUGCUACGGCAUGUUCUGUUGAGCAUCGAAUUCAUCCCGAUGAGUACCACAUUAUCAGCCGUGCGAGCCAACUAUUACGAAAAUAGAUUUCGAGCCCAAAUUGGUUCGUGCGAGACUAUGCACAUCCUACAAAGUAGAGACCCUGUCGGUGGUGCAUAUCCUAGCUCGAAGCAUCUAUUGCUAUGAAAAGGCGGUUGAAUAAGUCGCGCAGCAAGCAAGACUCGUCACAAUGCAAAAUAACUAUUGUAAUAGCUCAGACAUUGUCCGAGUCUCUACGCCGGAUGAUUUUGUGUUUGGCGACUCUUUACUCUACGAAGUUGGAAGAUAAAGAAGCUUGCGAGUACAUACGUAAUACCAGCGAAAAUUUGGGUAUAAAGAUACUGCUUCGAGGAAGAAGGCCGUCUAAGUUUCAAGGCAAUGCCUUCAGAUACUAAGCAAUAUUGUUAGUUACAACGUCCAUAAGAAUAGUGGGUAAACCCUACCCGUAGCUGG